CCAUGGAAUUGGAUCUGCGUCAAGCCUGUCACUUGAUUCAGGCGUCUAUGGAUGUGGAUGAAAGAACGUCCGUCCUCGCUAUGACGAUUGAGCGUUAUAGGCCAAAAGUGCAGGAGUUAUUCCGGGGUAAGCGCCGAUGAUCCUGUCCAACAACGUGAGCGCGUGAACCUGAGUCGAAUCCCUACUGGUCGUAUUGCACGGGGCUUCAAGUUACUCCGGUGGUAAGCAUAUUUGUUAGAGUCCGGAGCUUGUCGUACGUCAGUUCAGGCCCAUAAUCGCUGGCAACAUCCGAGCUAGGCUCUCUUAAGCCGACGUUUCCGAUAACAACCUUGUUUGCGACCAACAGUCCGCACCCGCAAGUAUUCCCUGCACUUGACUACAGCGAGGUUCGUCUAGAAAGUUCUCACCUGGGCCACCCACAGGUCUUGUCCAGAGCUUGUUUGUUCAUACAAGAGCACCUGAAAAUAAACCCAGCAUCUCAACCUCACACAAUUCACAUGCGCUAGAAUAGAUACAACGUUCACCAGCAAUACACGCUUCUGUAUCGGUCUAUCUCAGAACAAACAGCGGCGCUCUUCAUCCCAACAACUCGUCCCUAGUUACAUCUUUCUUAUCUAUAUAUCUUUCCUUUAUUACUCUUUUCUCACACCAACAAAAUGAGGCUCAUCAUCAGGGAUAACGACGAGCAAGCCAGUCGCUAUGUGGCAAACUACAUUGUUGAACGGAUCAACCAUUUUCAUCCCACAGCAGCACACCCUUUUGUGCUCGGCCUCCCGACAGGGUCCAGCCCGUUGGGUAUCUACAGAAUACUAGUGGAGAAGCACAAAGCCGGGGAGAUCUCAUUCGAGCAUGUCGUCACCUUCAACAUGGAUGAGUACAUCGGGAUCCCUCGGGACCACCCCGAAAGCUACCACUCCUUCAUGUGGAAGCACUUCUUUUCACACGUAGACGUCAACCCGGCCAACGUUCACAUCUUGGAUGGCAACGCACCAAACCUCGAGGCCGAGUGCGUUGCCUACGAAGAGUCCAUCCGUCGAGCUGGCGGUAUCGACCUCUUCCUGGCCGGCAUCGGCGAGGAUGGCCACAUAGCCUUCAACGAGCCCGGCUCAUCACUAGCCUCUCGCACACGGGUCAAGACGCUUGCGUAUGACACCAUCCUGGCCAACUCGCGCUUCUUCGGCAACGACAUGGAAAAGGUCCCCAAGAUGGCCUUGACCGUGGGCGUGCAGACUGUGCUCGAGGCCCGCGAGGUCGUCGUCAUAAUCCUGGGCGCACGCAAGGCCUUGGCGCUGCAGAGGUGUCUCGAGCAGGGGGUCAACCACAUGUGGACUCUGUCGAGCCUGCAGCUGCACCCUCACCCAAUGAUAGUGUGUGACGAGGAUGCUACCCUGGAGCUGCAGGUAAAAACUGUCAAGUACUUCAAGAGCAUCGAGAAGGUGGCAAAGACGCAAGGGUUCGAACAGAUACUCCCCUCCAAGAUGCGCACAGGCACCGUCUCCGUCCCACCGCGGGUCGUUUUGGACGAGGAGGUGCAGGCACCGACCGUGCACGCCCCAAAGCCCGUGACCUCGUCGCUCCUGCACGCCCUGCCGCCUGCUGCUGAGUAUCCCGUACGGUCCGUCUCGCCGGACCUGGUUCCGGACCGAAUGGGUUCCCGCAUCCCGGGCGACUCGGAAGCCGCUUUCCACAGGCGUUUAACCCCUAAUCCGGAACAGCAGGAUCUUCACAGGCAGAAGCUGAGCAACGGGUUUGUCUCUGCCCAGCUUGUGGUUUGAUUUCCCGCCUAGGUAGUGUUUUGCCAUUGUUGGUGCGGUUGAGUUUGCUGUUAUAGGUAUGCAAAAAGAUUGCCAUGGUUGUUAAAGUGAAACCUAGGGAUGUUGUCAGAUUGUCUGUACGUUUAGUCCAGUUUGAUCAUUGCGUGUCUGUGGUUUUGUACUGAGAUCAGCACUAGCACGCCCAAACAUGUAGUCAACCCGAGACAGCAGUGUCUUGUACAAACUAAGACUGUAUAUAAUCACUAGCUUGACGCAUGCACGUAAUAGACCACAAAGUGGAAAGUUU